GGAAAAGUCAUGGCGAAUGGAUAAAGUAAAUUCAUAGGGCAACCUUACGAAGCUCAACAAAUCAUCAAAGUUUAAAGUCGGUGAUGAUUGUCUAUUGACAGGCGUCUGACAUAAGUUGUUGCGUUACGGAGUCUCAAGACUAGUAACACCACACGUUCCUUUUUGGGGGAAUUAUGACCUCUAGUUCCCCAGAAACUUCCGUUAAGAUCGACCCAGAAGUUCUAGAGAUCCAGAAAAAAAUAUACAAAGAACUUUUAUUAAAACAAGCGGGUGUUAAGAGAGGGAGCAAAUUUCUUCCGAUAGAUCUUGAGCCGUUUAAAUUUCAACGUCAUCGAUUGGCACUACCUUUCACAGAUGAAGACCGCGCUGCUAGAAAACAAUAUCUUAAAGAUCAGUUAUUAUCAGAGAGGGAACCAGUAAAUGUUCCUGAAUGGAAUCGUGUCAACAUAUUUCGACGAAUAUAUAGAAUGCCAUUUGAUGCUCUUACAAAUCUAGUUAGACCCAUAAUUGGAGAUCAUAAAAGUUGGUACUUUCGUGCUACUAUACCAAAGGUUACAUGUACAUUAAUAUUGUUUUGGUUCGCAUGGUAUCGUAUCAAAUACUGUGAUAACUGGGAAACGCACGCCAAGUCAGUGAAAUCUAAAGCUUUUAGAAGGCAAAUGUGGCCAGGUCAACCAGGAUUCUCUACUGCUUGGAAAGUUGACGAUUUCGGAAUGGAAGACUUUGAUAAGAGAACUGCUCUCCUUGGAGACAAGUUGGUUACCAGUGGAGCUUGAAUACUUAAAAUACUUUUAGGAAACCCAAAAUAUAAUUGUAGUUCAGAUCCCAAAUCCUUUUGAUUGUAGGAAAGACAUGUAAAC